UGAACAAGAAAUAAUUGCAAAAAAUGUAUUAGUCGAACAAACAAAUUGUAAAAUUGGAUGUCGUAAAAUUAUUUUAUUGAUCCCUUGUUUGCAAGAUCAAAAUGGCGCUGGUUGACAACAUUUAGUUAGUGAAGCUUGGAGAAGACAUAAAAACAAAACCCAAAAUGACGUCUCGUUUAAUAGAAGAAUUGGACAGGGCGGAUGAAGAUCCACAGGCAGGUUACGAACCAUCAUAUAGGUACUUUGUUGAGCAAGAAGGCAGUGAUGUUGAGGAGGAUGGUGUAAACCUUCUUUCCUUGAAUCAAGAACACAACUCUGCGACAACGAGUGAUGAUGAUCUUGUUAUGAUGGAGUCGGUUUCUGCCAGUCCUUCUUCUCAAUUGUUUACUGGGGCCACUCAGAAGGACACUAGGGAAAACAGUCCAACAUUAAGGCACUAUCGGAUACCAAAAAAAUCUCGCAGUUUGCCCACAGCUGAUCAGGAUACACACGUAUUCAUUUCUUAUGAAACUGAGAAGAAGCUGAAAAAUUCCACUGUUAAUUUAGAACGCAGUCCGAGUCCAAUUUUUGGUGAAACGAUCAGUCCAGUAGCAACUCGAUUAACAAAAACCACAUCGUCUCGGAACAGGAAUUUGCAGGAAAAGAAACUGAGAGGAAAUUCUACAGGGAUGAACUUAAUAAAUACUUCUGUUUGUAGAAAACCAUUCCCUUCAAUUUCACCAGUUAAAGAGAUAACGAUUCCACUUGUAAAAUGUGAUAGUCCUCAGGGUCUAAAGCAAGUUCAAAGACUUUUAGGAACAUCACCUUCAUCUUUAUCGUCCCCGUCAUCUCACAGAAGCUCUGACUGCAAGACAAAUGGUAGAUUAUGGAAACACACUAGUCCACCUAAAGCAAAGACAGAGUCACGAACUGAAGAAUUACAGAAGAAAUCGCUUGUUGAUGACCAUGAUUCUGAGUUACUGAAAGAAUCAGAAAUAUCACUGCGGGGAGAAAAUGAAGAAGAAGAAGAAGAAAAAGAGACGUACAAAUGUGCAGCAUGCUCCCACUGUGGGAAUAUUUCACGUGACCUUGAACUGUGUGAUUGGUCACGUUGUCGUAGAAAAAUUGAUCCUUGCUGUAUCAAAACAAAAACAAAAAAAUCCAAAGUUUCUACUGUGAAUGCAAAGACUUACUAUGGCGCUCUAUUGAAUGAUAUGUCCAGCCCCCAAGAAGAUGAUGAUGAUGAUAAACUCUUUUCUGUGAAACCUGUUUUAAAAACUUAUGGACGUGCAAAAUGUGAAACACUAAGCGGUAGUCAAUGUACUGAGAAAAGUUACUCAUCUGUUGCAAAACGGAAACGGAAAGUACGUGAAGUGUUAGAACCAGAGUGUGUGACUAUAUCAAGCGGGAGUGAAGAAGAAAAUGAAGCUAUACCGUCUGCAGGAGAAACAACUAUAGAACCAAUCAGCAAUGAUGGUGAUGAUGGUGGUGAAUCAAUACCACAGUGUUAUUCUCCAGCAGAGAGAAUGAAUACCGAAUCAUCCAAUGUAUCCCAUGAUCUUCGGCUUCAUUUUGAUACGUCACCUGUUAGUUUCCGGGAACAGGGUUUGUCUGGUAACACUCCGACAUCAAGAAGUGUAGUAGUAAAAAAGAGGCCUUCAAAGCCAAUACAGCUGAUAGUUACUCAGAGUCCGUCUUCUUCCGCAACUUCUAUUAUUAUUCCAAUGAGGUCUAUUCGAUUUGGAAGUUAUGAGGUUCCAAGUUUCAAACCAGAUGUUAUCUUCACUGAAGAGUCUGUUAUAUUAACAGUUACAAUUGAUGGUCGUGACAUAACAUUUACUAUUAAUGGUGAAGAUAUGACUAGAUUUGAAAUUCAUACAAAAACACCAGCUGCCUUAAUGAAUAUAAUUACAACUCCACGUGUUGGUAAUCUCAUCCGAGAUAGAUGUAAUAUGAAGCACAAAUCAAUGGGAUGGUUUGAUCCUGGCAGUAUGGUGGAAUCUGAAAAGAGAAUAUUAAUGAUAGCUUUCAAAGAUCCUCUAGACCUGUACACUUUUGCUACACUAUCAAAAAUAUUUAGAAAUAUAGGAAUUUCAAAUAAUAUAGAUGGUUUCUUUGUUCAGCUUACUAAAGACGAAUCUAAUGACCUGCUGGUGCUUUGUAGAGAUCACAGUUCAGCAAUAAAGUCACAAAAAACGAACACAACUCUGCAGACUACUAGAUACCAAAGUUUUGAGGCUAGUGACGCAGUUGAGUUGGAUGAUCACAGUGUAUUUAGUGAGCGUAUUGUAAAAUUAUGUUCAUAUCCUCCACCACCGUGUACAGGAGCUAUUACAAUUACAAAUGAAGAUCUAUUCUGUCUCAGAGAAGGAGAAUUUCUUAAUGAUGUAAUCAUAGAUUUCUAUUUGAAGUACUUGACACUUAAUGUGUUGAGUGAAGCUGACAGAAAACGCACAUACAUGUUCAGUUCUUUCUUUUACAAGCGGCUUACUCAGAGAGUCAAAAGGAUAGUUGAUUCUUCAGUUACCAUGACACUGGAGCAGAGAAGGCAUGAGCGAGUCAAGACUUGGACCAGACAUGUGGACAUUUUUGAAAAGGAUUUCAUUAUUGUUCCAAUCAAUGAAAGUGCCCAUUGGUUUCUUGCUUUCAUCUGUUUUCCAAGUAAAGCCACUGUGCCAAAUGAUGAUGCCGAUGAUGACGAUGAUAAUAAAAGCAGUAGUGGAAAUGUUGAGAGUUCUGGAGAUAAUGCUGACCAAAAGUCUGAAAACCCCCAGCUUUCAGUUUUUCUUCAGAGUGAUAAACCUGAUGAUUGCAGUGACAUGGAGAGUAUGGAUUCUAGUAGUCAAAAUGGAGACAAGAGUAUGAUGGAGAGUGAUAACAGCAAUGCAGAAAGUGAUAAGUUUAAUCUGAAACAGGAGAAUAUGGAUGCUGGUGAUAACACAGCAGAAGAUACAGAUGAGAAAACAGAUUCCACUACUCCAAACUCUUGGAAACAGUAUCAAAGACCCUGUGUACUGGUAAUGGAUUCAUUGAUGGGUGCUUCUCGUAAUCACACAGUCAGACAACUCAAAGAUUAUUUAGUUGUAGAAUGGGAAAACAGGAAAGGCAAGAGUAGAGUGUUCAAACGGGAGAAUAUAAGAGGAUCUGUCGUCAAAGUACCACAGCAGAAUAACUUCAGUGAUUGUGGCGUUUUUCUCUUGCAUUAUGUGGAGAUGUUUUUCAAGAAACCUUUGCAAAGUUUUUCUCUGCCAAUAAGCACACUGAAAGAAUGGUUUGAUGGUGAAGAGAUACCAGAGAAGAGGAAAUUCAUUGCAAAGCUUAUAACUCAACUUCAAACAGACCAAAAAACUGCCAAAAAAACAAUAUGAAUUGAAUUUAGACUGGCUGACUUUUUUGUGUUUGAAGUCAAGUGUACUACAAGCUGAAUUGAACAGUGUAAUUAAACUUGUUUUGACAAACAUGUUUAGUUGAAUAUUAACUAUAUUCGUUACCAAAACAACUGUCAAAAUGCUGACAUAUACCAUUGCUUAUCAAGAUAAUAUUAAAGGAGUGACCAUGAUCACUGUCUCAUGAAAUGCCUCUGCUAAUCAAGUUAAAGAAACAUCGUCUGAGAUCAACAAUCUUCAUUAAACCAUGUUAUGUGUUCAAGCUAUGUCUGGCGGAAGAAGUUUGCAAACAUUUUUAUAUUAAAGAGAGCACAUUAUUGCUUCAUGCAAAGACUUUAUUCUUUCAUUGUGUGUUUCUUAUACACUAGUAUGCAAUCAUUUUGUGUCAUAUUCAUCAUUAAAAAACUGCUCAUAUCAGAAAUGUU